UCCUGGUGCUGCUUGUGUGCUCGUUCGGUGCGGACCUGGUACCUCUUUUGUGAAGCGGCAGCUGAGGAGACUCCGGCGCUCGCCAUGGCCGACGAAAAGCCCAAGGAAGGAGUCAAGACUGAGAACAACGAUCAUAUUAAUUUGAAGGUGGCGGGGCAGGAUGGUUCUGUGGUGCAGUUUAAGAUUAAGAGGCAUACACCACUUAGUAAACUAAUGAAAGCCUAUUGUGAACGACAGGGUUUGUCAAUGAGGCAGAUCAGAUUCCGAUUUGAUGGGCAGCCAAUCAAUGAAACAGACACACCUGCACAGUUGGAAAUGGAGGAUGAAGAUACAAUUGAUGUGUUCCAGCAGCAGACAGGAAGUGUCUACUAAAAAGGGAACCUGCUACUUUACUCCAGAACUCUGUUCCUCCAGACCAAGAAGACAUUCUCAAUUAGAAAACCGCAAUUUGGUUCCACCACAUCCUGACUACUACAGUAUAGUUUUCUCUAUUCUUUCAUUUUCCCCUUCCCCAUUCCUUUAUUGUACAUAAAGUAACUGUGUAUGUGCGCAAGCAUUUUGCAUUUUUUUUUAACUAAAUGGCCAAUGGUAUGUUUUGACCGACAUCAAAUGGAGAUGGGAUGGGGAAAAAUACUGGUUCUGUGAAAAUACCCCCUUUCUCCAUUAGUGGCAUGCUCAUUCAGCUCUUAUCUUUAUAUUCCAGUAAGUUAUUUUGCUCUCACUGUUUAACAAAAAAAGAACAACAUAAAAAUCCUUGCAUACCUUGUU